AUGAAUGACCCCGUCAAAAGAAGUGCUUUUCUCUAUUCAAAUCAACUUCUCAAAGGUCCAAGCACACAGAUCAAGGCUUCAGGAACCGGUUUAUUCAAGAUGCUUCCCAAUAACGUUAACAAGACUUCCCUCCACCCUACCGGUGUUACUCCUCACCAGGAGCACACCGAGCUGGAACAGGAGCUCCACGACAAGGCUCACAUCGAUUAUGACCGUGUCGCCAUUAUUCCCAACCCUUCAGUCGCUGCCCUCUACGAGGAUGCUCUUGUCUACGAGACCGGUACCGCUAUCACCUCCAGCGGUGCCCUGACAGCCUACUCUGGUGCCAAGACUGGCCGAUCUCCCCUUGACAAGCGAAUUGUCGAGGAGGCUUCUUCCAAGGACAACAUCUGGUGGGGACCUGUCAAUAAGCCUAUGACUCCUGAGGUCUGGAAGAUCAACCGAGAACGUGCUGUCGAUUACCUCAACACACGAAGCCGUAUCUAUGUCAUCGAUGGUUUCGCCGGCUGGGACGAGAAGUACCGCAUCCGAGUUCGAGUUAUCUGCGCCCGUGCCUACCAUGCUCUCUUCAUGCGAAACAUGCUUAUCCGACCUUCACGAGAGGAGCUCAAGGACUUCCACCCCGACUACACCAUCUACAAUGCCGGCAAGUUCCCCGCCAACAGAUACACUGAGGGUAUGACCUCUGGUACCUCCGUUGCCAUCAACUUCGAGCAGAAGGAGAUGGUCAUCCUCGGUACCGAGUACGCUGACUCAACGAUGGCUACCCUCGAUGUUUCCACUAUUCUGCUUUCUCUUCUCUGGGCUGCCCUCAAUGUUUCGAACUGGAUCAAUCCUCGCUUUCGUAUGGUCUGCCGUUCUGAGGCUCGCCUGUUUGAGCUAUUCCGACUCGUCAACUUCUCGUUUUGUCCUGGAUUGCUUCAUGCUCUCCAGGCUUCUGCUCCUCCGUCCAUUGAAUGGUUUUUGGCACUCGACUCCUUCGCUCCCAAGAAUGUCUGGGGAGUUUACAUCAUUGUCCUCAAGAAGCGAAACCAUCCAAGCAUACUCUACAUUGGCUCUUCCACAGCAGCUAAGCGAGGUGUCAGAGCCCGUUUCUACGAAUAUGAUGCCAAGAAGAAACUGGGCACGUAUGUGAGCAACGCUCUGCGAGAUGGGUACACGAUCCAGCACAAGGCACUUCUGGCUUGGUGUCAGAUACCCGAGGCAUCCAAUAUUCCCCUUUACCGUACUGUCGUCAUCGCUUUGGAGGCCGUCCUAGCUUGCUAUUUCUGGGCGAUGGCUCGUCGAGACCACGACUAUGGCUUCAACCACCUGUGCCCCUGGCCCUUAGAGUCAUUCUCCUACAGUGGUGCUUGUUCCUAUAACCCCUUGAAGGAAGCAAUACAUGGAGAUAUCGGGCUGUCUGCAGAUGAACUGCAGAGCCUUGCAGACACAGUCAGAGAGAAGAAUCUGGCGUAUGGCAAGAAAUACCACACACAACAACGCCUUGAAGCCACUCCUGAAUUCAAAGCCGCACAAGCCAGGGCAAACGCGAAGCACAGGCCUAAAACACAAAAGAUAAGACAAGAGGCCGUCGCUGAAAAGCGAUUUCACUGCGUCGUUUGCAACUUGAGCUGCUCAGACCAGAGUCACCUCAAUGAGCACAAUGCUACAGCCCGACACAAGAGGAGAGUCAAGGAAGGAGGGAAAGGACCUCACUGUGAUAUCUGCAACAAGUCUUUCAAGUACCCCAGUGAUCUCAAGGCUCACGAAAAGGGAGCUACUCAUCUCCGGAACGCCGCUGCUCAUGUUUCUGAAUUCGAGUCUAUUGAAAACGAUGCUAACCUCCCAAAAGGUGAAAUGAAAAAAGGAGUCUUCACUGUCCUCUUCUACGAGAUGCCUAUCAAGCACAACGUACUCACUCUCCACUCCUCUGCCAACGAGGGCAAGAACGGCGAUGUCACACUCUUCUUCGGUCUCUCUGGAACUGGCAAGACUACUCUCUCCGCCGACCCCAACCGAGCUCUCAUUGGUGACGACGAGCACUGCUGGUCCGACAACGGUGUCUUCAACAUUGAGGGAGGUUGCUAUGCCAAGACCAUUGGCCUGUCCGCCGAGAAGGAGCCCGAUAUCUUUGGCGCUAUCCGAUACGGUUCCGUCCUCGAGAACGUUGUCUUCGACCCUCUCACCCGUGAGGUCGACUACGACGAUGCCACCCUCACUGAGAACACCCGAUGUGCCUACCCCAUCGAGUACAUCUCCAACGCCAAGAUCCCAUGCUUGUCUCCCAACUCCCCCUCCAACAUCAUCCUCCUCACAUGUGACGCCCGCGGUGUUCUGCCCCCUAUCUCCAAGCUCGACCGCAACCAGACCAUGUUCCACUUCAUCUCCGGUUACACCUCCAAGAUGGCCGGUACUGAGGACGGCGUCACCGAGCCCCAGGCUACCUUCUCCAGCUGCUUCGCCCAGCCCUUCCUUGCUCUGCACCCCAUGAAGUACGCCAAGAUGCUUGCCGACAAGAUUGAGACUCACAAGGCCAACGCCUGGCUCCUCAAUACCGGUUGGGUCGGUGCCGGUUUCGCUCAGGGUGGCAAGCGAUGCCCCCUCAAGUACACUCGUGCCAUUCUCGAUGCCAUCCACUCUGGCGAUCUUGCCAACGUCGAGUAUGAGAACUAUGAGGUCUUCAACCUCCAGGUUCCCAAGACCUGCCCCAACGUCCCCUCAGAGCUCCUCAACCCCUCCAAGGCCUGGACUGCUGGCGAGGACAGCUUCAAGACCGAGGUUGUCAAGCUGGGCAAGCUCUUCCGCGAGAACUUCACCAAGUACGAGAGCGAGGCUACCGAGGACGUUGUCAAGGCUGGCCCCGUUGUCUAA